AUGGAUACUUCAACGCAAGGUGAACAACCCAUUGAUGCUAUAUUUGGAGAUAGAGUUAGAAGAUUUCAAGAAUUUUUAGAUAGAAUUGAUACAAAUACUGGAAAUGAUUAUCGUCAACAAAUUAAACAAAUGUUAAUUAAAUCUAAAUUUAGAUUACAAAUUUCAAUUGAUGAAAUUAGAGAUUUUGAUCGAGAAUUUUGGUAUGGUUUAUUAAAUCAUCCUGCUGAUUAUUUACCGGCUUGUGAAAGAGCAUUAAGAGAAACUGUUUUAACUAUUUAUGAUCCUCAUGAUCCUGCUUUCCCAUCAGAUUAUGAUUCAAAUCAACAAUAUUAUUUAAGUUUUAAAGGUGCUUUUGGUUCACAUUCAGUUACUCCAAGAUUAAUUGAUUCUUCAUAUUUAUCUAAAAUGAUCUCAGUUGAAGGUAUUGUUACUAGAACUUCAUUAGUUAGACCAAAAGUUAUUAGAUCGGUUCAUUAUGCUGAUAAAACUGGUAGAUUUUAUGCAAGAGAAUAUAAAGAUAAUACUACUUCAUUUGAUGCUAUUCAAACUCCUGCAAUUUAUCCAACUGAAGAUAUGGAUGGUAAUAAAUUAAUUACAGAAUAUGGUUAUUCAACUUAUAGAGAUCAUCAAAAAAUUUCAAUGCAAGAAAUGCCUGAAACUGCACCUGCUGGUCAAUUACCAAGAAAUGUUGAUGUUAUAUUAGAUGAUGAUUUAGUUGAUUUAGUUAAACCUGGUGAUCGUAUACAAAUUGUUGGUGUUUAUAGAUCAUUAGGUGGUGGUGGUAAUAAUAAUACAAGUUUUCCAACUGUUGUUUUAGCAAACUCAGUUUAUCCAUUACAUGCAAGAUCAUCCGGUGUUGCUUCACAAGAAAAAUUAACUGAUCAAGAUAUCAGAAAUAUAAAUAAAUUAUCAAAGGAUAAAAAAAUUUUCAAUAUUUUAUCAAAUUCUUUAGCUCCUUCAAUUUAUGGAUUUGAAUACAUUAAGAAGGCCGUGUUGUUAAUGUUAUUAGGUGGUGUUGAAAAAAAUUUAGAUAAUGGUACUCAUUUAAGAGGUGAUAUUAAUAUUUUAAUGGUCGGUGAUCCAUCAACUGCAAAAUCACAAAUUUUAAGAUUUGUUUUAAAUACUGCUUCAUUAGCAAUUGCAACUACUGGUAGAGGUUCUUCAGGUGUUGGUUUAACAGCUGCUGUUACUACUGAUAAAGAAACUGGUGAAAGAAGAUUAGAAGCAGGUGCAAUGGUUUUAGCUGAUCGUGGUAUUGUUUGUAUUGAUGAAUUUGAUAAAAUGUCCGAUAUUGAUAGAGUUGCAAUUCAUGAAGUUAUGGAACAACAAACUGUUACUAUUGCAAAAGCAGGUAUUCAUACAUCUUUGAAUGCAAGAUGUUCAGUUAUUGCAGCUGCAAAUCCAGUUUAUGGUCAAUAUGAUGUUCAUAAAGAUCCACAUAAAAAUAUUGCAUUACCAGAUUCUUUAUUAUCACGUUUUGAUUUAUUAUUUGUUGUUACUGAUGAUGUUCAAGCUGCGAAGGAUAGAAUUAUUUCAGAACAUGUUUUAAGAAUGCAUAGAUUUAUACCGCCUGGUUUAGCUGAAGGUGAACCAAUUAGAGAAAAAUCAAAUGUUACAUUAGCUGUUGGUGAUGAUCAAACAAAUGAACAAGAAUUAUUAGAACAACCAAUUUUUGAAAAAUUUAAUGCUUUAUUACAUGCUGGUGUUAAAACCAAUUCUAAAAAAACACCAACAAUUUUAUCAAUUCCAUUUUUAAAGAAAUAUAUUCAAUAUUCAAAACAAAGAAUAAAACCAGUAUUAACUAAACCAGCAGCUGAUCAUAUUGUUUCAACGUAUUCAUCACUAAGAAAUGAUUUAAUUGGAAAUAAUCAAAGAAAUACUGCUCCAAUAACGGCAAGAACUUUAGAAACAUUAAUUCGUUUAGCUACUGCUCAUGCAAAAGUUAGAUUAUCAAAAACUGUUGAUAUAAAAGAUGCUAAAGUUGCUGAAGAAAUGUUGAGAUUUGCAUUAUUUAAGGAAGUUGCAAAAAAGACAAAGAAAAAGGCAAGAAAUGAUGUUGAAUUAUCUGAUAGUGAAAGUGAAAGUGAAAGUGAAGAAGAAGUGGUAAUACCGAGAACUACAAGAAGAACAAGACAACAAGCAAGAGAACAACAAGAAGAACCAGAACAAGUUCAAGAAGAAAUACCAGAAAUUAGUGAAGAAUUAGAUACUCUUCACCUAUCUCAACCCCAACCAUUAGCUGAAAGAAAUCAAAAUACAACUGGACAAAGAAUACUAAGUGGUGAAAGAUUUCAAACACUUAAAACUUUAAUAGCUAGAAUUGCUCAAACUGAAAUUUUUGCCAAUGAUGAAGGUUGUGCACCUACUGAAACUGUUCUUAAUGCACUUAAUGAAGAUUUACAACAAGAAGACAAAUUCUCAGAAUCAGAAUUUGAAUACGGAAUUCAAAAAUUACUUGAAAGUGGUAACAUUAUGAUAUCUGAAGGUAAAAUAUAUAGAGUUUAA